AUGAAGGUCAGCGUUGGAUUCGCUCUCCUUGCCACCCUCAUUUCCGGUGCAAAUGCCGUCAAUAUAACCGGAGCGUCUCAUAGUGCGGCGGACUGGGUUACGGAGAUAGACCCUGUGACUCUGGGCUUGUCUGCGUCUAUUUCCAUGAGUGGUACAGCCAAUGCCAAAGGGGAACUUCCACCCAGCAACCUACAUCUACCCAAGGAAACCACAUCUACCCAGGAUCCUACAUCCACUGAGGACCCUACGUCAACAGAGGACCCUACGUCAACAGAGGACCCUACGUCUACCCCACAAUCCACAUCUACCACCACCUCGACAAGUACGAGUACUACCGUUGUGCCACUCGCCACUAGCCUUGCUGGACGUAUGAGGGCAAAGGGCAGGCUCUACUUCGGUACAUGCAUCGACUCAUACAACAUGAACAAUAACCAACUGACCAGCAUCGCCAAGGAUCAGUUCAACCAGUUCACUGCGGAGAACUCGAUGAAGUGGGAUGCCAUCGAGAGCUCUCAGAAUAACUUCAAUUUCAACAAUGGCAACUCGGUUGUGAACUUUGCACAGAGCAUCGGCGCCUAUGUCCGUGGCCAUACGUUCGGUAAGCUUCACCAGUCACCUCUGCUUCCCAACUGGGUUUCAUCCAUCAACAAUCCCAACACGCUCACGAGCGUGAUCCAGAACCACAUAGACAAAGAAGGUGGUCAAUGGAAGGGCAAGAUCUACGCCUGGGAUGUGUGCAAUGAAAUCCUGAAUGAGGAUGGAUCUAUGCGCAGCUCUGUCUUCUACAACGUUCUCGGAGAAAACUUUGUCUCAAUCGCAUACAACCGUGCACGACAGGUCGACCCCAACGCCAAGUUGUACAUCAAUGACUACAAUCUGGAUUUCCCCGACUACGCAAAGACGACUGGUAUGGUUUCCCGUGUCAAGAAAUGGAGAUCCGCUGGCGUUCCCAUCGACGGAAUCGGCUCUCAGGCUCACUUGAACUCUGGAGGUGCUGGUGGCCUUCAGGGCGCUCUUGCCGCCCUCGCUGGUACUGGUGUAGGCGAAGUUGCCGUGACGGAACUCGACAUCCAAGGUGGCGGAGCCAAUGACUUUGUGAUUGCAGUCAAGGCUUGUCUCGCAAUCUCCAACUGUGUGGGCAUCACCGUUUGGGGUAUCAGCGACAAGGAUUCGUGGCGUUCGAACACGACACCGCUGUUGUAUAACAGCAACUACCAACCUAAGCAAGCCUACUACUCUGUCAUGGACGCGUUAGCGCAGGGUACAACCACCCAGCAGCCCACUUCCACUCCGCAAUCUACGUCUACCCAGCAACCCACGUCUAGCAACACUCCGACAAGCACAAGCACCAGCGUCACUUCGAAUGCCACUAGCCUCGCUGGACGCAUGAAGGCGAAGGGCAGGCUCUACUUUGGCACGUGCAUCGAUUCGUACAACAUGAACAACGGCCAACUCACCAACAUCGCCAAGGCUCAAUUCAACCAGUUCACUGCGGAGAACUCGAUGAAGUGGGAUGCCAUCGAGAGCUCUCAGAAUAACUUCAACUUCAACAAUGGCAAUUCGGUUGUGAACUUUGCACAGAGCAUCGGUGCCUAUGUCCGUGGUCAUACCUUUGGCACGUCUUGCGGCCUAUACAUCCUUCCUAACUGGGUUUCGUCCAUCAACAACCCCAACACGCUCACGAGUGUCAUCCAAAACCACAUCGACAAAGAAGGUAGCCAGUGGAAGGGAAAGAUCUACGCAUGGGAUGUGUGCAAUGAGAUCUUGAACGAGGACGGAUCUAUGCGCAGCUCUGUUUUCUACAAUGUCCUUGGAGAGAACUUUGUCUCUAUCGCAUACAACCGCGCACGGCAGGUCGACCCCAAUGCCAAGCUGUACAUCAACGACUACAACCUAGAUUUCCCCAACUAUGCCAAGACAACGGGCAUGGUAUCCCGCGUCAAGAAGUGGAGAUCGGCUGGUGUUCCUAUCGACGGAAUUGGGACGCAGGCUCACUUGAACUCUGGAGGCGCCGGUGGCCUUCAAGGCGCUCUUUCCGCCCUCGCUGGUACUGGUGUAGGGGAGGUUGCCGUGACGGAACUCGACAUCCAAGGUGGCGGAGCCAAUGACUUUGUGACUGCGGUCAAGGCUUGUCUCGCAAUCUCCAACUGCGUGGGCAUCACCGUUUGGGGUAUCAGCGACAAGGAUUCGUGGCGUUCAAACACGACGCCGCUGCUGUAUGACAGCAACUACCAACCUAAGCAAGCCUACUAUUCCGUCAUGAACGCGUUGGCAUAG